CAAACUAACCUAUACGCUGUCAAUCACAUCGUAAAGGAGAAAGAAAAUAAAUUGAAGGACGCAUGUGCUCGCGCACAGGGCGCUGAGACGGAGAGGACUCGUUUGGAGAGGAAACUUCGAUCACUGAUGGAAGAGCGCGAUAAGCUGCUUGAGGAUAACAUUUACCUCGACAAUAUUGUUGAAUCACUUCAAACGCAGUGCACGACACAUCACUCAAGAAGCGGUGGUUAUACAUCGAACCUUGCCACGGGGGCGAAUGGUAAUGGCAGAUGUGCAUCAUGCUUAGAACUUUUCUCCCGUUUGCAAGAAUACAAGAGGCUUUAUGGUGUAUUAACAUACAGCCCGACUCAAGAUAGUUUGGUGUCGUCUGAAUGUAACAGCGCUGGUUCAAACCUACGUGAAGACGAAGGCCCCAAUAUCAAUGUCUUUCCCGCAAGAUACGACUCGGUGCUUUUCGGUAAAUGUGGGCCGAAAAUGCAGGGCGAUGAGGAUACUUCCCCUGGCAAUUCGUCAUCCAAGGAUCCACAACCGCUUUCUAACUCGUGGUGUUUACACCCGCCUGGAUCAGGUCUCCCGCAAACAUCCAAGUUUGGCCAGCAAGCUUCUCCUACCUAUGAGCAGAUGCGUCUACCAAGCCAAGCUCGGGUUCCUGCCAGCAUAAACUGCGCUCGCUCCAUCAUCUCCAAGAAGUAUGACUCCAUACAGCGAAACAAGCAUUCUCAUCGGAUAUCAUCCGUCAUCUCCUUUCUUCCAAGGCGAAAGGCUAAACAGUAUUGGCCAUUUCGGCCACAAAGCAGUCGAUUUCGCUGCAAACUGCUUGCCGGCCAACCUCGCCCAAGGAUGGCAAAACGUUCGGGUCGCUACGGCGACACAACCUCCAACAUGAAAAGCCAUACUCCAAAGUUAACUAACAAGGAUGAUCUGCCUGUCACCCCUGCUCCUUCUGAAGCCCCAAACACCUUGUUGCCGUCGCCACUAGUCAUUCUUCAGCAGCGAAACAACUGCUUAGUUCAGCAACUUAAAGUUGCUCGGGCUGCAAAAACCGCACUGGAGAAUAAAAUGAAGCAUCUCACUACCCGAUUGAAUGGUGCGUUGACUGCCCUUUGUAAAAGCCGCGACCAGGAGCAGCGUUCACGUAGAGUGAUGCAGCACCUCGUUGAAUAUAUUAACAAGUUAAACAAGCUUGUGAACCUAUUGGACGCUGAUUUGAGUAACAAAACGGUUGAGUACUUUGAUGAGCAGGUGAUCUGUUACUCACCACUUCUGGAGAACAAUUCAGUUAGUUACGUGUACGAGAUCUCCCGAACGCUAGCAAUGCGUGUGCAGAGCUCGUUGGAAAAGAAAGCGCAAUCUGUGAUGGUGAUGCGAAAGAAGUUGACUGAUUUCGCACAACAAGAUGCUCGACGUCGUGCCUUGAUCACAGAGCUACGACGAUCAUUAUCCGAGGCAAAACAAGAACAAUCACAGCUACAUUCCACAAUAAAUGACAAGGAGAAGGAACUCCAAAGCACGCGGCAAAUUGAGGCCCGUCUGCGAACCGAGCUUGAAAGUCAGCGGACACAACUCAAGACGCUAUCACGGGAGAAGGUCGAGUUGACACAAGAGUUGAAAAAUUGUCAGGAGGCCAACGAAAGUGUUCGUGAGCGAUUAAACGAAGUCCAACGACAGCUACUUGACAGGAAAUUGAUACUCGGAACGCAGGUAGACAAUGAAGCCCUGCAAUCGCCUCAGGAACCACUUGGCCUGUCGGCAAGAAAUAAACUGGCGGAAGUCCUCAAUCUGCUCCAAAACAUGAUGAACCAGCUGUCUGUCCUUGCGGUGAACAUGCUUCAUGGUCUAUACAAGGAACAGUCGAAACGCACUGAGAUGAACCAGCUCUGUGCCAUUGAAUCAGAUUCUCACAGAUCCGUGAGUCCCGAAAACUUGGAAAUUGCUCGACAAAGAGCAGCACAAAUACUUGGUCUUUCUUUACGACAACUGGAUCGUUUAACCGGAAAGAAUAUGAGAGAGUUGCUUAGAUCUACCCCUAAUUUCCGCCACUUGGAAUCUGCGCGCUUGAUGGAAAAGGCUUUGAACUGGCCAGCGGAAUGUAGGAAAGUUAUUCGGGAUAAUCGGCUCCUCAAUGUACCAUUAGACAUCUUCAAUCAGAUAAUGGACGACUUCCAGCUGAUUGCGCAACUAUGUACCUUACAGCAUUGAAUACGGUCCUUGUUUGCUUUUUGUUACCGGUGUUACUGUUAUAUAAAAUUGUUCGCACAAUUG